GAAGCUGCCUUAUACCCAGUCAGACAGUGGGGUCUUUUAGAAGUAUUGCCUGCUCUUAAUAGCAGUGGCUCUCCAGGGUUUCAGGCAGGGGUCUUUCCCAGCCGUACCUGAAAAUGCCCAGGACUGAAUCUGGAACUUUCUGCAUGCAAAGCAUGACUACUGGCAGCCAGUGAGAUGUCUUGCAGCAGAAGACACCGUCCAUGGUGAAGGAGUGUCUGGCGUAUGAUGGCCAAGCGGCUUCUGGUGACUAUUGCCCUCUGGGCGCUGGGAGGCCCUGCUGGGCUCCAUCAUCUUUACCUGGGCCGGGAUAACCAUGCCCUAUUGUGGAUGCUGACUAUGGGGGGCUUUGGAAUAGGGUGGCUCUGGGAGCUGUGGCUGUUGCCAGGUUGGGUGGUGCAGGCCAAUAACACCCUGGAAACACACAGGGAUAGGCCUCCGCCUUUGAGUCCUGUGCGCUUCCUUGGCCAAGCCUUGGUAGGCAUCUACUUUGGGUUGGUGGCCUUCAUUGGUCUCUCAACCCUCCCUGGUUUUUACUUUGUGGCUCUUCCCCUGGCUGUGGGCCUUGGAGUUCACUUGGUGUCUGGGGUGGGCAACCAAGCCUCUGACCUUCAAGCUACCUUGAUGGCUGCCUUCAUAACCGCUCCAAUCUUCUAUGGCCGUCCUGUGGCCAUCUUCCCCAUCACUCUCACAACUAGCGUGACAGCCCAGCGGCGCCGGCGCUAUAAAGCCAGCAGGGGCACCAGUGAGAAGCUUAGUGCCCGACUGUACCGACUGGGUCUGGCCUACCUGGCUUUCACUACGCCUUUGGCCUACUGUGCCUUCUACAACACAGCAGCCACCGUCAACUAUGUAGCCAGCGCUAUCGGAGCCACACUGGAUUGGCUCAGUGUCUUCCCAUCACUUGGCAGUGCGCUGGAAUCUGUGCUUCUCCUGCCCUACCACGCGUGGAGGAUGCUGGGCUUAAGUGGUAGCUACUUCCAGGAGUGGGAGAAAGUUUUUGCCUUUGUACACUCUAUCCAGAGUGAGAGGCAGCGGAUGGCAUUCAAGGUCUUAGGAAUCCACGAUGAUGCCACGCGUGAAGAAAUCAGCAAAAGCUACCGGGAGCAAGUGAAGCUUUGGCAUCCAGAUCACAAUCAGCACCGGGCUGAAGAAGCUGAGAGACGUUUUAUUGAGGUGCAGGCUGCCUAUGAGCUCCUCAUGCAGACAAGGAAGCCAAAGCCUGCAUGACUAGACUCUGGAUCCCUCCAAAAACUGGUACCGUUAUGCACCUGGGAAUCAAAGCAUUACUUCUGAAGCCAUGGUUCUCAAAGUACGAGAUGGGUCUUCUCAGAAGGCUAAUGUACUUGCUCAGGGUGACCUUUUCCAUGUGUGUCUAAAUUUGGUCCAGAAGAUGGAGAGCAAUACACAUACUAUGAUAUGUCCUUCUACGUGUUCAUAUAUUGAAUUGGGGUGCCAGGGCUUGUAUGUCCCCCAUUUUUUUCUGCCCUUCUAAUUGUCUGGGUCUGUUGUCUAUGGACUGGUGUGACUUUUCUUUUCAGAUUGUCUGUCUUUUGAUGUAGGAAGAAUCCUGCUUGUGGGCUUCCCAUUGGCACUUAGUUGGCCACUGUAAGAUCAGGAGGCUGGACUAGGUGGGCCACUAGCCUGAUCCAGCAGGCUCUUCUCAUGUUCUUAAUUAGUGCCUUCAAGUUUUUCUUUUCUGUCCUAGAAAUAUUUGUUUUGAAGGAUGGGGGAUACUUUUAUUAAAUAAUAAAUAUUUGCCUCUCUUAAUACUAGGGAGGUUUGAA